GUGUCAAAAUUCGUUGACUGAUGGAUGCUGCCUGCGUUCAUCUUUCUGUCAUAAAAUUCGCCGGAAUUUCUGCGCGUAAAACUACAAAUUACCCAAAAUUAUGGGCGCAAAGGAUUCAGUGAAAUUCAAAGUUAAACGUUCAUAUCAAUGCGACAGUUGUGAAAAGAAAUUCGCGAACUUUAGAGCGAUGAAGGUCCAUGUUAACAGAACUCAUAAUUUAAGGUCUAGAGCUAGUAAUAAACAGCAACUGACCUCGCUUUUGGGGAAAUCUGUGAAGACUUUAGACAGUGGGAAGGGAAGUUCGAAGCUAAGCGAUGUGGUGGACCUUGCCAAGGUGUCCCAUGUGCGUAAGAUUCAGUACGAAUGCCCGCAAUGCAAGGAACGGUUUGCUGUAUACUUUUCCGCAUUCAGACACAUUCAGAAGUAUCAUUGUGUCAACAGUAAAGGGAGAAAAGUGGCUCCCAACUCGAUAGAAAUGAUCAAGCCGAUCCGCAUAGAAGUGUGUAUGAAAUGUAACGCCAACAUACAGAUGAACGAUCCCCAUGAAGUUUGCGCAGAAGUCUCACCACGUGUGAAUGUGUUGGCCAACUACAUCUGUACGGGAUGUAAACAGCAGUUCGGCAGCUUGAUGCUGUUUGAUAUGCACGUAUCGGGUCUGCAUUGCGAUGAUGUGGAGACUCUCUUCUUUCCCUCAAGGAACGAAUUCAAUGCAUGGAAAGAAGACGUUGAAUCGCAGACAAAAGUCAAGUACUUGCUCCUAGGCAAAUCGAGCAAUAUAAAACAGGUCUACCACUGCACGUGCAAGACGUCAGACAGUGAAGAUGAUCAAAUCAUUCACUUCUGUCCAUCCAGUAUGUGCACCACAGAUUUCACAAAGAGCAUCCAAGUGCACUUCUACAAAACUCACUUCGGUCACGAAUGCGAGUACACAAUGCCAGAUAAAUUCAAGAAGUAUUUAAGCAAACAAUUGCUUAAAGAACCAGCACCGCUCACAGAGCCGUUUGAAUUAAAGAACUUGUACGCUGAUUUCAAAACACUCAUGGAGUUUAUAUUGGACGAAGCAAAGAAAGUUGACAAACAAAAGCUGGAAGUUCUGUUCAAUAAAGCCCGGGAUAUGAUCGGGUCUUUUUCUACGGAAGAACCAACGAAAACCACCAAGAAGAGCAUGACAGAUGCACAGAUAACUGAAACGCUUGAAACGUUAGACGUUAAAAGGAAAAUUAGCACUGACAAUGUACAGGUUGAGUCAAAAAAAAUCAAACUAGACCUAAAUUUGGAUGAAGACUCAUUGGAAAAUGUUGAAGUUAAAAAAAAAACGAAAAGAAAACAAACUUCGCAACCAACUGUCGAAACUAAAACGAAGUUGGUUACAAAGACAUCGCCUUGUUCUUCGUUAUCUUCGUUCAACGAUUCGUACAAAGAUUUCGUCGACAAAAACCUUAAAGAGGCCGAAGUUCUCAAUAAAAAGGCGAACGAUUUCAAAAAAUUCAUAAAACAAGAAAAGGAAGUUGAGGAACCACCCCAAAAGAAGACUGUGAAUAAACCAAAUAUAGUUAGAAAGAAGAAGAAUAUUGUCAAAACUAAGAUAGGCCAGUUCAAGCCGAGCUUGUCACCAAAAAUUAAAAGUGAAGACGAAAGCUCUUCUGAACACAUGCCCAGUAUAAAGGUUGAAUUCGAGUAUGAAGUGAGAGAGCAAGAAAAUGACUGCAAUAUACUUGUUUUGAAAAUUUGAAAUGCCUUGCCAUUGACAUUUGAAGUGUUAAUUUUCCAUUUACUUUUUUUUUAAAUGACAUGAUCAAUAACCCAAAGGUGAACUGGAUGAGAAUGCCUUAUGGCAUUAAGUUCGCCUAAUGUUAAAGUUUUGGCAUUAA